AUUCGCCCUCCAAGCCUCUGACUGACCUGACAUCAACCCAAGCGCCAUGGGACUUUUGAGUGGGAUUCUCAACCAAACAUAGAACGCGGGUCCUUGACGACAUAACUUUACCUAAGAACUCAUGCUAUUUUUUUCAUCUCGCAAAUAUUUAUAUACAAAACCUGUCUUGCCCACUCUACAGCGUUAGUUGAGUUUAAUUUAAGAACAAGAAGACCCCCUUGGGCCCACUAUGUUUUUCCCGCAUCGGCAGAGGUAGCAAUCACAGAAGCACCCAUCCUCGGAAAGCAUCGAAAUUUGGUCCAAGAAAACCCGACUACCCGAACAUCGCCAAAACCACAACCACCACCGCAAAAUCCCAACAGAUCAAUGCUGAGGCGGUAGUCGAACCAAUCUAAUGUGCUCGACGACAGCAUUGGACUGCAAACGAUCUUCUUGAGCGCGGCAGGCUGUUGGCAGUACCCGUCCUCCUCUCAGCCUCGGCUUGGGAUUUGCGAUCCGACCUAGUAGUUUGCUUCGUCGCGAGGGUGUUCAGUCGAGGGACCCGACUGCUUCCUACAUAGCAUUCCUAGGGUCGACUAUAGACCGCGCUGUAUAGUAAUAUUACAUCUCUGUCAUGUCAUCUCAAAAAAUGUCGAGUACAAGCGCCGCCACAUCAUCCCUCCCGUCUCCGCCGCCACAGUCCUCCAACAGCACAAUGACGUCGCAUCCUCCUCCUCCGACAUCGCCUGGCCCGGUGGCCGCGGCACCAGUAGUCGCCUCGAUACCCAAUGAUACCCUGACGCAGUUUCGCGGCUUCAUAUCACAGCCGGUAACAGCAGCCUUCUGCGCCGGCGGCAUCGCAGGCGCCGUGUCACGGACGGUGGUGUCGCCCCUGGAGCGUCUCAAGAUUCUCUUCCAGAUCCAGAGCGCCGGGCGCGAGGAGUACAAGCUGUCGGUCGGCAAGGCGCUAAAGAAGAUGUGGCAAGAGGAAGGGUGGCGGGGCUUCAUGCGCGGCAACGGCACCAACUGCAUACGGAUCGUGCCGUACUCGGCCGUGCAGUUUGGCUCGUACGGCUUCUACAAACGGACGCUGUUCGAGUCGAGCCCCGGGGCGGACCUGACGCCGCUCGAGCGCCUCAUUUGUGGCGGCAUCGCGGGUAUCACGUCGGUGACGUUUACCUACCCGCUCGACAUUGUGCGGACGCGCCUCUCGAUCCAGUCGGCGUCGUUUGCCGACCUCGGCGACAAGCCCAAGGAGCUCCCGGGCAUGAUGGCCACCAUGGUGCGCAUGUACCGCGACGAGGGAGGUAUGAUGGCGCUGUAUCGCGGCAUCGUGCCCACCGUCACGGGCGUGGCGCCGUACGUCGGUCUCAACUUUAUGACGUACGAGUUUGUGCGCACGCACCUGACCCCAGAGGGUGAGAAGAACCCCAGCGCGGCCAGGAAGCUGCUUGCAGGUGCCAUCUCGGGUGCUGUCGCGCAGACCUGCACAUAUCCAUUUGAUGUUCUGAGGAGACGGUUCCAAAUCAACACCAUGUCUGGUAUGGGAUACCAGUACAAGUCGAUCCCGGAUGCCGUCAAAGUGAUUGUGAUGCAAGAGGGCAUCAAGGGGCUGUACAAAGGCAUCGUACCGAACCUGCUCAAGGUGGCGCCGAGUAUGGCGUCAAGUUGGUUGAGUUUUGAGGUCUUCAGGGAUUUCUUCGUCUCCCUGGACCCCAAGGAGACGGCGAUGUGAAAAUGACCGGCAAACCUUUCAAGGUCUCCAGAAUAUGGCCCAUGGACAUCAGAGCUGUGUGAGAUGCAGAGAACCAACAAACACCUGCAGACGCCUAUGCGAGACCGACGGUAUACAUAUAUAACCUUGCCGAACCCAGUGGCCGAACUAAAGCUCUUCGUACUGAGAUCGAAGACGUAACACAAACUAAACUAUAAGGAUGGGGGAAGGACCGGCCGUGGUUUUAACAUGCACUGGUCCAUACCAGAGAGACAGUCUACGGAAUAAGAUGUGACCGAGGCGACAUCUUUGCUCUUUCGGACAGGAGACGGCCGUCCGAGCUUGAGUCACGAUUGGGAAUAAGAGCCGGGAGAUAUUGCAUCACUACGUAUAUAUAUACAUAGACAAGAGAGAGUGAAAAAGCAUUGAAAGGGAUCUGCAUGCUUUCAAAAGGGAUAUAUUUUGUCAAUCUCGAGCCUUUGCUGUAAUUUAUUUUGUAUGAGUUUCAUUUGUGGUUGAGCUAAUAAGAGUUAGACAUUGUAGAAUGAAGUUUCGACUUAUUGGAAG